AUGGAAACUUGUUCCUGUGAUACUUUUGUGGCAUUACCUCCAGCAACUGUUGGUAACGGGAUUAUUUUUGGAAAAAAUUCAGAUAGAUUGUGCGAUGAAGUACAGGAGGUAGUUUAUUUUCCUGCUGCAGUUCAUGAUAACCCGAGAGAACAUCUUCAGUGUACUUACAUAGAAAUUGAUCAAGUUCCUGAAACAUAUGCUGUUGUCCUUAGUCGCCCAGCUUGGUUAUGGGGGGCAGAAAUGGGAGCCAAUGAGCAUGGAGUUUGCAUUGGGAAUGAAGCUGUAUGGGGAAGAGAAGAAGUUUGUGAUGAAGAGGCACUACUGGGCAUGGACCUUGUCAGACUUGGCCUUGAAAGAGCUGAUACAGCUGAAAAAGCCCUCAAUGUCAUUGUUGAUCUAUUAGAAAAAUAUGGCCAGGGUGAAAAUUGUUCAGAGAGUACGAUGGUAUUUAGCUAUCACAAUAGUUUCCUGAUAGCUGAUAGGAAUGAAGCCUGGAUUCUGGAGACUGCAGGGAAGUACUGGGCUGCAGAAAAAGUACGAGAGGGAGUUCGUAAUAUUUCUAAUCAGCUUUCUAUAACAAUCAAGAUUGAUCGGGAACAUCCAGACAUGAGAAACUAUGCUAAGCAGAAAGGUUGGUGGGAUGGUAAAAAGGAGUUUGAUUUUGCUGCAACAUACUUUUAUCUUGACACAGCCAAGAUGAUGAUUUCACCAGGCAGAUACUGUGAAGGCUACAAGCUUCUGAAUAAACACAAAGGAAGUAUAACUUUUGAAACAAUGAUGGAAAUUCUCCGAGAUAAACCAAGUGGCAUUAAUAUGGAGGGAGAAUUCCUGACCACUGCAAGCAUGGUUUCUAUUUUACCCCAAGACUCCAGCCUUCCUUGCAUUCACUUCUUUACUGGGACUCCUGAUCCUGAGAGAUCCAUUUUUAAGCCUUUCAUAUUUGUACCAAAUAUUCCACCACUAUUGGAUACCAGUUCACCAACAUUUGCACUUGAAGAUCCAGUUAAAAAGAAGCCACGUUUUCAGUUUAAGCCUGACAGAAGACACCCACUCUACCAAAAACAUCAACAGGCAUUGGAAAUAAUAGAUAAAAAGGAGGAAAAAGCCAAAACCCUGUUGGAUAACAUGAGGAAACUGGAGAAAGAACUAUUCAAAGAGAUGGAAUCAAUUCUUCAAAACAAGCAUCUUGAUGUGGAUAAAGUUGUUAAUCUCUUUCCUCAGUGUGCAAAAGAUGAAAUUAGAAUUUAUAAGUCAAACAUUAGUCCUUAGUGGUCAUAUAAAUGGUCAGCAAUCUUCUUCAAAGUCAGAAUCUAUCAUCUUGGUAAAUGAUAUAACCUCAUUUAGCAGACCUGAUUAUUCUUUAAUAGCAUUUACAUUAAGGGCCUAUUAGAACUACAUACAGCCUUGCUGAAAUAUUGAGAAAGAAAAUAACAUUGGAAUUAGGCACGUAUAUCAUGGGAUAGCCAGGAGGUAUUUCAGGUAUUUACUUGUGUUGUUUUUUUUUUUAGCCAUAAUACCUUUUUAAAAAUUAUAAUAAUUUAAUAUUCAAUUCAUUAUGAAGCAUAAAAUAUUAAAAUAAUGCAUGGAUUUAUGUUUAUUAUAGUUAUGUAUUGUCCUCAAAUAAUUUUCUCAUUUACAGCAAGAAAGUAGAUUUUUCUUUAGUAAUGGAAAAUAUUGUUUCUCAACUAAUGAGUUUUUUCUCAUUAGGUACAUGUUAAUCAUCUCU